AUGAGGAGCACCCGUGGCGGCAGCUCGUCCUUCCAGGGCGCCAGCGAUGUGGAUCUGACCCUGACCGGCCUCCCCGCACCGCUCUUGCGCCGCCCCGGCAGCGCCUCACUCGCCAAGCCCAUGGCGCGCUCCGGCUCGGUCAGCGCCGACGGCAAACCGAAGAGGAACGCUCUGGAGGGUGCGGGGUCCCGGGCGAUGAACAACCUCCGGAGGUCCAGCAGCACCACCCAGGUUAACCAGCGGGUGAACAGCGCGUGCAGAGCGCGCUUCUCGCUGAAGCAGCCUGUGCAGGACAGGAACCCCCCUGUCGUUGUGUCCCUGCCGCCUGCCUCGAGUCCUGACGCCUCGUCCUCUCUCCACGAAAGGAGCAACAAGGGCGCGAUGGGCAACUGCGUCACCACCAUGGUGCACAACAACUACUCCACGGCCGAGAAGGGCCCCGCGCCCAAGAGCUCCAACCAGGCACCCAGCUCCCUCAAUAAUGCUGUCAAAGUGACCUCACAUGAGGAUGGCGAAAGCAGCAGCUCCCUGAAGUCACAGAAGAAUUUCUCCAGCAACAACAUCGUGACCUGCAACAACAACAGCAGCCUGGCCCGGAGGAAGGAGGUGACCGAGGAGGAGGAAAGGCAGCGGCGGAUGGAGGAAGGCAAUAUCCUGGAUUUGCACGAGAGGAAGGAUGAGGAACGCCGGAAGAUCCGGGAGGAGAAGGCGCGCCUGGCCCGACGCGCUGCCAUCCAGGAGCUGCACCAGAAAAGAGCCCAAAAGGCGUCGGAGUCAAAGCGCUUGGCAGAAGAAGAGCUUGUGCUGGGGAAGGAGAGCAGAAGGGUAGCAAAGAAGAAGCCUGCCAAACCUGCUGCUGCGAGGAACGUCAGUCCAGCCAGCAGCAGCACCAAAGCCAACAACGCUGGUGAGCCCCUCCUGCAGUCUGCGAUGCCGAGCGGUGUGCGGCGGGAGGGGGAAGGAGGAGGGCGGAGGGGCCGUUCUCGCUCUAUAGAGCUGCUUCAAGGGCCUGAGAACAGUCUGGUUCCUGCAGAGGCCAAUUUCCACGCGGUAGCUGCAGAGCCAGAAGAAAGCGGCCUCACAGAGCUCGGCUCUGUGCCCUUGCAGGACACCAGGGCAGAGGACAAGCUGCAGGAUGCGAGCUCCCGAGAGGCGGGUGGCGAGGACCUGGAGACAACGGUGGCUGCCGUCAGCGGGGCUCAGCCCAAGGUCACGCUCAGCGAGCUGCUGGACACGCUCAGGCUGCUGGAGGAAGAGCCGGAGGUGCUGCCCCCGCUGAAGGCCUGCAGGAAGGACGGAGCUGUGUCUGCCCAGCAGGAACCCGGCUCCAAUUCCCUGACCGCUGACAACUUGGAGAAGUUCGGGAAGCUGAACCACUCCCCGGGGGUCCCUGAGGACGGCGCCCUGCUCUCGGAGGCCAAGCUCCAGAGCAUCAUCAGUUUCCUGGACGAGAUGGAGAAGUCGGAGCAGGAGAGGCCCCGGUCGGCCGCCUCGGCCACGCAGCGGGAGGGUCUCCUCUCGGAAGAGGAGCUGGCUCACUUGGAGCAGGCCUCGGCUGUUGCCACGGAGGUCACGAGCUCCAUCGUGAGGCUGAAGCUGGAAGUGGAGGAGAAGAAGCGAGCGGUCAGCCUGCUGCAGACAGCCCUGGCUCAGCAGCGGGAACUGACUGUCCGGCACAUCAAACAGACCGAGAAGGAGCUGGGCCACCAGCUCAGGCUGCAGAGGGAGCAGUAUGAGGCAGCUAUCCAGAGGCAUCUGGCCUUCAUCGACCAGCUCAUCGGUGAGAAGAAGGUUCUGAGCGAGAAGUGCGAGGCUGUGGUAGCUGAGCUGAAACAGGUGGACCAGAAGUACGGGAAGAAGAUCACCCAGAUGCAGGAGCAGCACGAGCUGACAGAAAUGAAGGUGUUGAAGGACCGGCUGGAGAUCGAGAAACAGGCCUGGGAGGCGAACUACGUGAAGAAGGAGGAAGCCUGGCUGCUCUCCCGGGAGCGGGAGCUGCGGGAGGAGGUGAGGAAGGAGAGGGACAAAGAGAUCGAGCUGGUGAUCCAGCGCCUGGAGGCCGACAUGUCCUCUGCCAAGGAGGAGUGCGAGAGGGCAGCGGAGAACAGGUAGGAAGGAGGGAGCCUGCGAGUCCGGGACAAGUAUGAGGUGGAGCUGCAGGAGCUGGAGCAAUCUGAGCGGAAGCUGCAGGAGCGCUGCAACGAGCUGAAGGGGCGGCUGGCGGAGCUGGAAGGGGAGAGCGCGCGUCUGCAGGGCCUGCUGAAGCACAAGGAGCAGGAGAUGGAGGAGAUCCGGAAGGGGAGGGACCAGCUGGCCCAGGAGCGGAGCAGCCUGGCAGAAGCCAUCCGGCAGGAGGUUGCGGACAGGCUGGUGGGGACGGAGGAGGAGAACAAGCAGCUGAAGGCAGAGAUGGCGGAGAUGAGAGCCCAGCAGAGCCUGGAGCUGGACAGGGUGGUGCGGGAGAAGGACCAGGAGCUGGAGGAGGUUCACAGGAGGGUGAAGAUGGCAGUGGCGAGGAAGGAGGAGAGCGUGAGCAGCCUUCGGAAGCAGUACGCA